AGUUAGGUCGGGUCUGAGGCAACUGGAGGCGGAAAGCUCGAGAGGAAGCUUUGUCCUCACUGCACAGAGGUUCCAUGGAUACAGAAGGGCUUAAGGACCCUGCACAGGGCAGUGUAACCUUUGAGGAUGUGGCCGUGUGCUUCUCCUUGGAGGAGUGGGCUCUCCUUGAUGAGGCCCAGAAACUCCUAUACUGCGAUGUGAUGCUGGAGAACUUUGCACUUGUGGCCUCUCUGGGUCACCGUGAAUUGAGAGAUGAGGAGACACUUCCUGAGCAGAAAGUUUUUAUGGAAGAACUGUCGCAGGUAUCGAUGACCUUCAAGUACUUCAUCGUGACCUUCACUUGGGAGGAGUGGGGGCAACUGGACGAAGCCCAGAGGACCCUAUAUCGGGAGGUAAUGCUGGAGACCUGCGGGAUCCUGAUCUCACUGGGGUAUCCUGUUCCCACACCAGAACUGAUCCACAUGCUGGAGAAUUAGCAAGAUCUAUAGAUGGUGAAGAGAGGCCUCUCCUAAAGUUCCUGUCCAGAUGCACCUCUCUCUCAGAUCCUCAUUUCUCCUGUCGUUGAAGAUCUUUCAACUGGGAUCACUUCCAUCAUCCUUAAAUAGAAUAUCCUUAGAUAAGAAUUUCGUUUUAUGCAGGUUGAUUUUACAUUAAACUUCUCAUUUUU